ACUGUCUUGAUAAACAAUUCUUUUUUUAUUUUAGGAGUGAGGUCCCUAGAUGGCUAAAAUGUUCUACUUCUACUUUAUCUUAAUCCACAUUUCUUUGAGCUUUGUGCUGACCCAAUCAGCACCUGAAAAGUCUCUUAUAACCAAUGUUCCAGGCUUCAAUGGCACUCUACCUUCCAGGCACUAUGCUGGGUAUGUGACUGUGGAUGAAAGUCAUGGAAGGGACUUGUAUUACUAUUUUGUUGUAUCUGAAGGUAAACCAUCUCAGGACCCAGUGGUUCUAUGGCUUAAUGGUGGACCAGGGUGCUCUAGCUUGGAUGGCUUUGUAUAUGAGCAUGGUCCUUUUAAUUUUGAAAAACCAAAGACUAAGGGAACCCUGCCAAGGUUGCAACUCAAUCCAUACAGCUGGUCAAAGGUUUCCAACAUUAUAUAUUUGGAUUCUCCUGCUGGAGUGGGGUUUUCAUACUCAAAGAAUAAAUCUGAUUACACUACUGGAGAUGUAAAGACAGCCUCUGAUACACAUACUUUUCUCCUCAAGUGGUUUGAACUAUACCCUGAGUUCCUUCCCAACCCACUCUUCAUUUCUGGAGAGUCCUAUGCUGGAGUUUAUGUGCCUACUCUUGCUGAUGAAAUAGUCAAAGGAAUUGAAGCUAACACAACGCCCAAACUAAAUUUCAAGGGCUACAUGGUUGGAAAUGCUGUUACAGAUGAAGAAUUUGAUGGCAAUGCUAUUGUUCCAUUUGCAUAUGGGAUGGGUCUUAUCAGUAUUGAAAUGUUUGGGGAGAUCACAAAACAAUGCAGUGGGAAAUUCUAUGAUCCAGUCAACGCAAAUUGCAAAAAAAUGUUGUCAAAAUUUGAUGAGGACAUUGGUGGGGUAAACAUAUAUGACAUUCUGGAACCAUGCUAUCAUGAUGAAGAGACAGAAAAGAAUAAAAGAUCCUAUCAUAAGUUGCCAAUUAGCUUUAGGCAACUGGGUCAAACUGAUAGACCUAUGCCUGUGAGAAAAAGAAUGUUUGGUCGUGGUUGGCCCUUAAGAGCUCCUGUGAAAGAUGGAAUUGUACCAACUUGGCCACAACUGAGCAAUGACAUCCCUGCUCCAUGCGAUGAUGAUGAUGAGGUUGCAACCUUAUGGCUGAACAAUCCUGAGGUCAGGAGAGCAAUCCACACAGUAGAGAAAAAUGUGGUCAGUGAUUGGCAAUUAUGUACCGACCUUGAAUACAAUCAUGAUACUGGGAGUAUGAUCAAGUACCAUAAGAAACUAACUUCCAAAGGAUAUCGAGCACUUAUAUACAGUGGUGAUCAUGACAUGUGUGUCCCAUUUACUGGAAGCCGAGCAUGGACUAGUUCACUUGGAUACAAGAUUGUUGAUGAAUGGAGACCUUGGUCAAUCAAUGAUCAAGUUGCUGGGUAUAUACAAGGAUAUGAAAAAAAUCUUACUUUUCUCACGAUAAAGGGAGCUGGGCAUACUGUUCCAGAAUAUAAACCACAGGAGGCAUUGUAUUUUUACCAACGUUUUAUGGCUGGACUGCCUCUAUAAGAAACAAAGACACAGAAAGACGGAGACUCAUACUGCUGCGGAUUCUCUUUGUACUUCAUUAAGCAGUUCAAAAGUGUAUGAA